CGGGCAGACUUCACUUACACGCAGUCCGGUGACGAAAACCAUCUCAACGCCCAACGCACGCCCGACCCCCCUGUCUUCUUCAUCUCACAGCGACCGAAUUAGUCAAGCUGCAGAAAGGAACUAUUCAGGGCCAUCAAGGAUUUCUUCCCAGGUUUAGAAGCAAAGGAGCACAACCCUCUCCGUUGAAGAAACCCCACCACAAGGAACCCGAAGUUCAAGUCGCGUACCCGUCUACCAUUACCAAGUCUACGCAAGGCACAGGGAACAUACCAUGGCGCCGCAGCAGAAGAAACAAGGUCACCAACAACUGCCCGUCCCACCGGCAACCUUCACCUCCCGCAAACACAAGAUUCUGGAACAGCUCAGCGUGCCUGAUGCCGAGUACACCGACGCCUCGCCCAAGGGAUCCGUGGACGUCGGCAUCCGCGAGCUGAUUGACGAGCUCAACGCCCUCGACGGACUCGUCACAACUAGCAGCUGCGCGGGGCGCGUCAGCGUGUUUCUCGAGGGUCGCAAGGCGGGAGGGGCUGCGGGAACGGACCAGGGGACAGCAGCAGCUGUAGUCUCAUCAUCUUCUCAAGACGAUCAAGGCAAUGAUGAUACUGCCCCUACCACCGCAGUCCUAGAGACGAUAGCUGGACCCGGCGGAAAGGGAGGCGGAGGCACGUGGCUGUUCGUAUCGCACGAUCCCGUCUCCGAAACGCACGACAACGACGAGGAUCUACUGCGCCUGUUUGGUCUCGUGGACGAAGACGCGGGAAGAGGAACAGGAAAAGAACCCGGACAGGCUGUCGGAGUAUCGGGUCGCUCUCAGUCUGGGCGACGGAAGCGGCUUGUUCACUUCAAAUUCGAACCCAUGAUCCUUCAUGUCCUCACAGCAUCUCUAUCCCACGCCCAGCUCCUCCUAAAAUGCGCCCUCACAGCCGGCUUCCGCGAAAGCGGCGCUUUGAACCUCCUCCCCUCCGCAUCACAAGACGAUACCGCAACCUCAACCUCAGCCUCGUCGUCACCACCCGUGACACCGAUGGUAGGCGUGAGAACAAUGGGCCUCGCCCUCGAAUCUCUCAUCGGCUACGUCGAUGAAGACGUCAACGAUGUUGCCGAGGGCAGCGUACGCCGUCACUGCACCGUCACGCCAGACUACCUCCGCGACCUACUCCACAUCGCCAACGAGCGCUUCGUAGAGAACGCCGCCCGCAUCGCGCGGUUCCGCACCGCUUUGCAGGAGGCCGUUGCUGGUCCCCCGCUUAAAGUGGGCGAGGGCGGUGCCGCGUGGGAGGAGGCCGAUGCCAGGAGGGAGCGGAAGAGGGCUGAGGGUCUAAGGCGGAAGGAGGAGGUGUUGGCUGCUAGACAGCAGAUGACGCAGCAGGCUCCGUCAGAGGGUCAGGACCCGAUAGAGCUCGUAGCUGAAGUAUGAAGCAAAAGAAAUAAAGACUUUCAUUAGGAGGAA